AUGGCAAAUGUUGAUCAAACUACCACCACGAAUGACAGCGAGCCUAAAAAAUCAUUGGCAAAUGGAGCAGCAAAAUUCGAUGGAGACGGUUUACCAUUUAAGGGAAAACUAAUUGGUAUUGAAGAUUUACCAGUAGAUCGUGAUGAACCCAAAUGUUUAGACGCAAUGUUUAAAUUAAAAGCCGUCGCUAAAGCAAGAGGUGAACAUAAACAAAAAAUUCAAAUAAAUUUAACCUUGUCUGCCGUUAAACUCUAUGAUGAAGUGAUGAAAACUCUUAUGAUCUCGCAUGACAUUGAGCGUAUAUCAUUUGUGGUCAUCGAUCCAAAAGAUCCACGAGCAUUUGGAUAUGUUUAUAAUACAACUGAUGACAGACAUCAGUUUUGGGCAAUAAAAACUGAACGAGCGGCUGUCUUAACUGUACUAUCAUUAAAAGACUUAUUUGACACAGCAUUUGAACAAUAUAACAAUAAGAAUGAAAAAGCAAAACUGGAAGCAAUAACUACACCAAUUCCGACAUCAACACCAGUUGUAACACCACCAGAGAAACAGCCGCCAGCUCCGGUUUUACCAUCUGUGACAUCGCCGACGAAUACAACUGUUGAUUUCUUCGCUGAUUUGCCACCACCUCAACAACCGCAACCGCAACAACCUACGACUCAACAAAUUCAACAUUCUUCCAGUAAUUCGGUAUUUGAUGCUUUCAAUCAAACUCCAAUUAAAACUCCAGAACAAACAACAACACAAGUAUUUCCAGUCUCUAAUUUAUGGGGAUCACCCAUAGUACAGCAAGCAGUUCAACCAACAGCAAAUCAAAACACUCGUGCCAUUCCAGAUUUAUUUGGGCUUGAACAACCACCAAUGCAAGUACAACCACCAAUGCAAGUACAACCACCAAUGCAAGUACAACCACCAAUGCAAGUACAACCACCAAUGCAAGUACAACCACCAAUGCAAGUACAACCACCAAUGCAAGUACAACAACAAAAAAGUGUUAACGUACUUAAUGAUGAUUUUGCUUGGGGUAUACCGACAUCUAAUACAAGUCCACCAGUGCAAUCAACAACAUCAAACCCUGCUGAAACAAAUGAUUUAUUUUCAGUAUUCGCUGCCCCUACCCAACCAUCGAAUCCAUUCCAAAAUACGUUCAUGCAGCCCCCACAACACCAGUCAAAUCCUAUGCUGCAACAACAAUGGCAGUCUGUUCAACAGCCGAUAUUUAAUCAGCCUCAACAAGCAGGAUACGGUGUCAGUUCAUCACAACAUUAUCAAUCGCCUAUCCUUCAACAAUUUGGUGUGAUGUCAACUCCUAUUCAACCUCAACAACAAACUGUAACACCGUCGUUCUCAAACACCAUGCAACCGCCGUUGCUACCAUCUUCCUUGCAUCCAAUGCAACAACAACAACAACAACAACAACAGCCGUAUUCUCUUCCACUACCAGUGGCUCCAAUCCCAGCUGUAACAAGCCCAUUUGCUAAUUUAGAUUUCUUGGCUCAGCCAGGUGCUUUUAAAGCUUCAAAAAAAGACGAUUUUUUCCCCGUACAAUCAUCCAAAACCAUUCAGCAAUUACAAAUGGAAAAUAAACCAUAG